CACAAUAAAAACAAAUACCUUGAAUUAGCAUCAGAGGCUGAUCACUGAGCAGUGCCUACCAACACAAAGUUUUUUUUUUUUUUUGCAUGCUCUGUUGCCUAGCAACCAGUGUUGAAAUGUAACACAGCAGAGUUCGGAAGCAGCAGAGUGGAGGUGAGUGAGUGAUUCAGGAAACAGAAAUUGUGUGUACACAGCUGUAGGAGCAGUUAGGGGACUGAGGUGAGCUACAGUAUGUAGCAUAAAUAGUGAGUAGAGCUGUGGAGGAUGUAGCACAUGGUGCCAUCUGUAGGCUGUGAGGAAAUACAUGCUGGGUAAGACUGUAACUUGUGUGACUAGUCUCCAUCAGCUAAGUGAGCUAUUCAAAAGAGGAAGUAAUAUUUUUCCUUGUACCGUGAGUUCUGAUUAAAUGAUUAAGGAUUACUGGUCAAACAGGACCAAUAACAUUCUUCCACAUUUCUGUCACAGAACAGUUAACUGAUUUCCAAGAAAAAUAAAUGAUUUCCUGCUUCAUAGCUGAUACAAACAAUAGAUUGUUCUCCAGCUGUUUUUUUCCAUUUUGUUUGUUCAAAGAAUAUUGUAAGGCAAUAUUUUAAUAGACAUCCACUUAAAUAGAGGCUUAUAAGUAACUCUUUAACAAACUGCUGAGUACAAAAACUACUCAUUCAAAAUACCUUAUUUCCAAUUAAUCUACCAGAGUGUGUGUUUGGAUAAACAAAACAUCUAUACUAAAUGACAAUGUUGCUGAACAUUUCAUUAAGUAUUUUACUCAGGAACACCUAUCCAAACUUGUUUAAUCUAAAUUGGCAACUGCUCCUGAAAUCUCUUUUCCCUCUGUGGGCCAGUAACAUGGCAAUAAAGUCCUGGCGCCAAGCACCCCAGUUGCUAAGUAACGCUAUUAAACAAGAAGAACCUUGACUCUCCCUGUUUGGUGGGAGGUAGGGAGGCUAGGGAAAUGUUCAUAUACACAAACGAUGCAUUUCUGACCUUUCCUCUCAACUUUACUACCACAUUUUGUGAGUCAGGAUUAUCUGGAGUGAGAGGCUUCAAGCUGAGUGGCCAGUUGACAGGAGCUAAAGCUAUUGGUCUGUUUCUACAACUGAGGACAAUCUCAUCACUUGAUUAAUGCCAAAUCAGAAAAAAAGAAGAUAAAAUAUGGUGAGUACAUAUUUUAUGUUGAAAAUGUUGAUAAAAGUUUUGAACAAGUGAAGAGAAAAUUAAAUUGAGAUGCAUACAAGGUUUUAGAGGGCAAAGGGCUACUUGAAGUGUAUCCAGUUUCUAAGACCAAUAACUCCUCCCCUUGUUCAAUAUCUCCUGACCAAAUUAUUUAGUAAAACUACACUAAAUCAAUCAUUGCAUUUGGCCCAGUAUGUGUUAUCUAAUUGCAGGCAAUAAUUUCAUGCAAUAGUUUUCUAUAGGAGGUUAUAAUGGGAACAAGCACCAGUGGAUAACCUCUCUCAUCCUGAGGAUGAUGAAUGAGGCGAGAGAGGGCCUUGGGGUGUAACACAGACACAAACAGACACACACCUUGCUCUUUUAGACAGGGAGGGAAGAAAAGCGAAGCCCACAUCACACUCCCAACACUCCUUAACUAUCAUUUAUCAAAGUCCUGAUUUGACUCUUUGUGCACAUGUACUCUAGUAUAGUACAUGUCUGUCAGCCAACUUGCAUGUGGAUGGCCUACACACAUACACACACACAUAAACACACACCAUCUUUGCCUGAAAAGAGCCAAACAGCUCAAUCAGUUGAAUGGUGAGGGAGGAUCAGCACUCAUUUGUUUUUGCUGUAUUAUCCAGUGUCGCCUCUCUCCUAUUGUUCCCCAGCAUUAGCCUUAAUUAGAGAGUCGUGCUCUUAAAUACCCCCAUGGGCAACACUGGGUGAGCACGCACUAGUGCAGACAUAACACUGCGACACACACACAAACUCACAGAGACACACACACACACACCCCGCUCAGGCUCUCAUUCCUCAGAGAGCAUGCUUUCCCUACUGCCCUAGGCCAUACAUAAGCCCUUGUAUCUGAAUAAAUCACAUCAGCCUUACACACACAUACUUACACGUAAACAUAGACACAUCACAUUUAUUUGCCAUAGUACUGUGUAGUGGUGUAGAUUAGAUAAAUUAUUGGAAAUCAGCCUCUUGGGAGCAACUAUGACAAAAGUGAAACAGAGCUGCAAUGUCUGUGUGUUGCAGUACCAUGCCCAAAGGAAAGGGAGCAAAAGGGACAAAGGUGACCCUCAAGAUUGCCAAAAAGGCAAUACGUAUGACACCAGAUGGACGGCGUAGACUCACCCUUAGCAACAUGGGUAUAACCAUCUUCCCAAAGUGUCUCCUCAAACUGACCAAUGUGGAUGAGUUGGACCUCAGUCGCAACCAGAUACAGAAACUUCCAGAUAACAUUGGGAACUUUUCGUCACUCAGAUGGCUAGAUCUACACAGCAACAAGCUGGAGUCUGUGCCAGAGUCCAUCGGCAACCUGGUGGGACUGACAUACCUCAACCUCUCUAACAACCGCCUGACCUCUGUGGGUUUACCCUCCACAUUGGGUUUUCUCACUAGCCUGAAAAGUCUAAAUCUGGGGAUGAACCAGCUGGACACUCUGCCUUCCACUAUGGUGUCUCUAGACAGUCUCCAAGAGUUAGGCCUGUUUGAUAAUCUCUUCAUCAACCUACCAGAGUUUCUGAAUGCCCUGACAAAUCUAACUAUGGUGAACAUGAAAAGAAAUCCUCUAAUGUACGCUCAAGGGGAUGGUGAGGGGAUGCUGAAGGAGAAAUCAGAACCAGAGGAGAAUGGGUACCUGGUACAUGAGAGCAGCCUGUGUAGGACAUGCCUUAAAAGAUGUAAAGAUCAGAGGGAAAGGCUUGCAAGAGGAGGGGGAGGAGGAGGUGGAGGAGGAGGGGGAGAAGGGAGAAGGGGAGGAGGAGGAAGGGGUAGUCAUAUGUUUGAGGAGAAAAGGAUAAGGACUUAUCCAGGACUGAUAGUGCCAAACUCAGUGGCUACAAUAAAUCAGGAUGUGUGGAGAAUAAGAAAAGUGGAACAUGAGACACUCAAAUGACCAAAGAGCUGCUCAUGAUCUCUUAAAUUAUAAAACAAAAGGAACACAUUUUAAAUUUUUAGGCAGCCAAACAAAUUUUAAUUAUCUGUGCAUAAAAUCUAGCUAUAAGUCACAACUAUUUUUUGAUGUAAUUUCCAUUUCAAUACAUGAAAUAAAAAGAGUGAUUACAUGUAACCCUCUUGAAAUAUUGCUGUUGGAUGACUCAGAUUGAC